AUGGCCACCAGCAUUGCUAUUAACGGUUUCGGUAGAAUCGGUAGAUUGGUUCUAAGAAUCGCUUUGACCAGAAAGAACAUCCACGUCGUCGCCAUCAACGAUCCUUUCAUCACCAACGACUACGCCGCUUACAUGUUCAAGUACGACUCUACCCACGGUAGAUACGCCGGUGAAGUCUCCCACGAUGACAAGCACAUCAUCGUCGACGGUCACAAGAUCGCCGUCUACAACGAAAGAGACCCAGCCAACCUUCCAUGGGGUUCCUCCAACGUCGACAUCGCCAUCGACUCCACCGGUAUCUUCAAGGAAUUGGACUCUGCCCAAAAGCACAUCGACGCCGGUGCCAAGAAGGUCGUCAUCACCGCACCAUCCGGUACCGCCCCAAUGUUCGUCAUGGGUGUCAACGAGGACAAAUACGCUGGCCAGACCAUCGUCUCCAACGCCUCCUGUACUACCAACUGUUUGGCUCCAUUGGCCAAGGUCAUCAACGACGCCUUCGGUAUCGACGAAGGUUUGAUGACCACUGUCCACUCCUUGACCGCCACUCAGAAGACCGUCGACGGUCCAUCCCACAAGGACUGGAGAGGUGGUAGAACCGCUUCCGCCAACAUCAUCCCAUCCUCUACUGGUGCCGCCAAGGCCGUCGGUAAGGUCUUGCCAGAAUUGCAAGGUAAGUUGACCGGUAUGGCUUUCAGAGUCCCAACCGUCGAUGUCUCCGUCGUCGACUUGACCGUCAAGUUGAACAAGGACACCACCUACGACGAAAUCAAGAAGGUCAUCAAGGAGGCCUCCGAGGGUAAGUUGAAGGGUGUUCUAGGUUACACCGAAGACGCCGUCGUUUCCUCCGACUUCUUGAGCGACUCUCGCUCCUCCAUCUUCGACGCCGCUGCCGGUAUCCAAUUGUCUCCAAAGUUCGUCAAGUUGGUUUCCUGGUACGACAACGAAUUCGGCUACUCCACCAGAGUCGUCGACUUGGUUGAACACGUCGCCGCUAACUAA